AUGAUGCUGGUGACCAGUUACUCUCUCUACGUGAUCUUCAUGAAGUUUAAUGUGCAGAUAGAGAGAGCCUUCAAGAGGAAACACCACAACCACAGGGACAUUUUGAUGGUUUUUGAUGUGGAGGAACAGGAAAAGGAGUGUGUUACUACAGGACAGGAUGGGUCAGAAGGCUCUAAAAGUGUUCUAGGUCCUGAAGAUGAUAUUCAUAAAGAUGAAGAAGAAAGAGAGGAAGAAGAAGAGAAAGGGACAACGGAUAGGCCUCUGUCUUUAAACUGGCCUGACACACUUCUUAAACAAGCCACCUACCUCCUCCUGCUGCCCAUAAUCUUCCCUCUGUGGCUCACUGUUCCAGAUGUCCGCAACCAGAAAUCCAGAAGACUCGUUGUGAUCACCUUCCUGGGCUCGAUUCUGUGGAUUGCUGUUUUCUCUUACUUCAUGGUGUGGUGGGCCCGUCAGGUGGGUGAGACCAUCGGCAUACCAGAUCACAUUAUGACCCCGCUGGCUGGAGAGUUGUCCAUGCCCGACCUCAUCACCAGUGUGAUUGUGGCCCGUAAAGGCCGGGGGGACAUGGCUGUGUCCAGCUCCAUGGGCCGUAACAUCUUUUGUAUCACAUUGGGUCUUUCAGUUCCAUGGCUCCUGCUUUCGUCCUUCAGUUGUUUUGCUCCGGUGCCUGUGAGCAGCAGUGGGCUUGUCUGUGUCGUGGUGCUGCUCCUUUUCCCGCUCCUCUCUGUUAUCAUCUCUGUUGCAUCCUGUAAGUGGAAGAUGAGUAAGGUGCUAGGUUUCACCAUGUUACUGUUCUACUUGAUCUUCCAGGCGAUAAGAUUUAUGUUCCAUUAUAGAUUCAUCGUUUGCCCUGUGUAAUUUAUUUGGGGUGGGCUAACAUUUCUUAAUAUGUCCAUUUAUUCUAAUGUUUCUGAAAUUGCUUAUGCUAUUUUUAAAUCUGUCUAUCUAUAUACAGUA